AUAAUGGCACUCCUUUGGUUGUUUAUUUUAUAAGCAUUUGAGAAAAAAAAAAUCUUUGACUGCUAAAAUUGGUGUCUCAGGGACUGGUCUCUUUUCAAUCGCCGAGUCGAGGACAUCUGACUCAAAGAUUGCUUCUUACCCAUGCUUUUUGAAUAUCCAUUAGACAAACUUCAUAAUACAUGCUUUCAGUAGAAAUAAUAUUACAGAUACUAUAUAAUUUGGAUGCUUGGAACCUUUGUCAAUACCGGACGGUCUCGCAAUCCUUCAAUCAACUAUGCAUCAAAGCGCUGAUGUACAAAAUUUGUCAUGAAGGCUGGGCUAUCGAACUCCGGACACCAUCCUCCGCCUAUGCUCAGUACUUCAACCCAGAUUAUAUAUCGCCACAAGUUGGACGAUUAAUUUGCGUAGGAUAUGAGCUUAAAGAUGGUUGCCUUCACUUCCGCUCGGACACGCCAAAUGAUAUCGGUUACACUCACAAGCCAAUUGCCCACGAGCUACAACUGCAUUGUAAGGAAUGGCCGUCUCCCGUUAUCAAUCUUCCCAGAAGAGCUUUGAAAAUCGAAGUAUCACCAUUCAAUCAGAGUGCGAAUAGCAACGAGCUUUCGUUCACUUACUCUGUCUCUUAUCGCCGACAAGUAGAGUACUGUGAGGGCUGCCACCAAUCGCACUACGGUGAGCGAGAGAUAGCGGUAGUGCAGCCGCAGAUGCUGAAAGUAGCAUUGUCAUGGAUAUUACAAGGAAUCGUAGUAGACAAAAGUAGUGAAAGCUGCAGUGAGGCAGAUUUGUACAUCUUGUCAAAAUGAAGUCAUCGACCCUUUUAUAUAAAUAUAAUCUCGUUAUUUUUUCGCAUGAAAAAUUUC